AUGGCCUCAAGCAAAUCAUUCUUUACAGUUUUCCUUCUUGCUCUGACCUUCUCGAGCAUAAUCAACAUGAGCCUAGCAACUCGCCUUCCCAGACCAAAUUUUCCAAACAUUCCCAGUGUGCCUAAAUUAGCUUUGCCACCUUUGCCAAUACAGCCUUAUAAACCAACAUUGCCACCUUUAUCUGUCCCACCUCUUCCCACUCUUCCGCCAACUCCACAGAUCACUCUUCCACCUUUAUCAGUCCCACCUCUUCCCACUCUUCCACCAACUCCACAGAUCACUCUUCCACCUUUAUCUGUCCCACCUCUUCCCACUCUUCCGCCAACUCCACAGAUCACUCUUCCACCUUUAUCUGUUCCACCUCUUCCCACUCUUCCACCUUUAUCUGUUCCACCACUUCCCACUCUUCCACCAACUCCACAGAUCACUCUUCCACCUUUAUCUGUCCCACCUCUUCCUACCAUUUCACCUCUUCCCCCUUUAUCUGUGCCACCUCUUCCUACCAUUUCGCCUCUUCCACCUUUAUCUGUGCCACCUCUCCCUACCAUUUCCCCUCUUCCCCCUUUAUCUGUGCCACCUCUUCCUACCAUUUCGCCUCUUCCACCUUUAUCUGUGCCACCUCUCCCUACCAUUUCCCCUCUUCCCCCUUUAUCUGUGCCACCUCUUCCUACCAUUUCACCUCUUCCACGUAUUACUUUUCCACCAACGCCACGCACCACUCCCUGA